AUGGCACUAUGGAACGGCCUCACUGUGUUGGAGGGGGCCGAGCUUUUGAACAAGGGGCUGGAUGCUUGUUGUCCUGGCCGCCCUUUGCAGCUGAUCCAUCAGCUGGGCUGUUACUGUCCGGAGCCGCCAGUGGCCAUCAACGCGUCAGGCCCCCCCUUCUGCAAGUCGCCCGAGUUUUAUGUUGUGCCCUGCCCCCGCGAGCAGCUCCUGCGAGCGGCCACCCCGGCUCCGGCUCCGGAGCUGACUAUGCAGGUUCCCCGCUGCCAUAGGCACCCCCAGCCCGGGCGGGGGGGUGGGGCGCGCUGCGCUGAGCUGAGCUGCAGGGUUCCCCCUCCCCGUUCCUCCCCCUCGGGGCUCCCCGGGGCGCGGCGGGCCUGGGGCGCGCGGGUUGCCCGGCGACCGCGCCGUUGCCAGUGGAGACGCACACGCACACGCCCCCCUCCCGCCCCCCCCCCCGGGGCGGCCGAACCCAGGCGGCGGCCCCGGUGUCUGUGUAAUGGGCGCCGGCGGGCGGGGGCUGCAAGGAGAGACCUCCUGGGGACUCCUCGAACCUUCCCGGCCCCCAGCGGCCUCUCGCCCUCACCCCACAGUCGGGGGCCCGGAGAAGGCGGGCCGCCCACCCUGGCGCCUCCCGCGGGGCGCAGACCCCUCCCCACGGCCACCUCCUUGAGCGAGCGCAGGAGAAGAGAAGGCGGUGGUGACUCCGCGCUUCCCGGCCGGCUGCCCUCCUCCCUGGCUGUUUGCCUCCAGGGAUCCCAGGAAGGCUACAUGGCUCACCUUUUCCACCUGAUCCGGGUGUCUCCGUCCAGUAAUCAUCUCCCACGUCAGCAAAUGAAGAGUCCCUGUCAGAAAGGCCGUCCUGGGAGCAUUCUGUCGGGUUCUGGAAGAGGAGCGGUAGACCCAUCCCGAGCGUGGGCUUCCUGUAGGCAGGGCACCUCCUGCUGGAGAGGCGACAGCCCAGGAGAUCUUCCAGUGGCUGCGCACGGCUGGGUGGUCCUCCCAAAGCCCAGUAAUGCUCGAGACAAGCGAAAUACCCAACAAAGAAACACGGUGCAUCCGCAGAUCGGAACACUGCGCGCCCGUUUAAUAUGGAGUUUCAAAAAAUACCAAGGAUCCGAAGGACCUUUGGGUGACUCCGUUUGUACGGAAUGUCCGGAAUAGACAAAUCUACAGAGACAAACAGAAGAUGGGUGGUUGCGUAGGGCUGGGGGAGGGAGGGAGGUGGGGAGUGACUGCUAAUGGGUACAGGGUUCUUUUGGGGCAACGAAAAUGUUCUGGAAGUAGAUUACGGUAAUGAGCGCACAACUCUGUAAAUUCGCUGAAACCAUUGAAUUGCACACUUUCACACGGGAGAAUUUCUGGUAUAUUGAUUAUAUCUCAGUAAAGCUGUUAGAGAUUUUAGGUCUCCUGGGGAAAUGUUCCUCAUGCUUCUAA